CUCUCCGCGCGGUUGGGUUUACAUGCUGCUCUCCACGCAGUCCGUCCGUGCUGCUACAGCGAUAAAUGUGCUCCUUCAACGAGACAUAGCCCGGGCACAGUCGCAUGGCCCUCGGGAUUAACGGGUGCCGUUGUGUCCUGACCUCAGCACGUAACUUCCAACGUGCUGCAUUUAUGAUUGUGCAAUCAUAACAAGUCUGUGGUUACAGGUCACAGCAGCAGACCGGAGGAGAGAAAGGAGAAGAAGAUGAUAAUGCAGCGCAUCCUUAGUCACAGCACACUGCGGCGGGUGGCAGCAGUGCGCCCGUUGCUGGUGGGCGUCACCAUCCCUGAGCCACCAGUAGUAUUUUGUUGCUGUGUCCUCCGCCUGUCGCUGCCACCACCCACAGGCCGGCGCUGGCUGUCGACCUCAGCCUCCAGCAAGGUAGCACAUCAGCCAAAACACCAGCCGCAGGAGGAGCCGCAGUCCAGCUCCGCACCUAAAACUCAGGAGGUCCAGAAAGGGGAAGCUGGGCCUGAUGCUAUAGAAGUGGACCCCCUGCAGGACAAGUCCAUCGGUCUGGUCCAGAGGUUUAAGAGGACCUUCAAACAGUAUGGGAAGGUUAUGAUCCCUCUACAUCUGGUGACGUCCUCCAUUUGGUUUGGAACCUUCUAUUAUGCUGCUAUGAAAGGUGUGAAUGUAGUGCCAUUCCUGGAGAUGAUUGGUUUCCCAGAGUCACUAGUUGGCCUUUUGAGAGACUCCUCCAGUGGCUACGCUCUGACUGCGUACGCCAUGUACAAGAUUGCCACCCCCGCUAGAUACACAGUGACUCUGGGCGGCACGUCACUAUCUGUUCAGUAUCUCCGCAAGCACGGCUACUUAUCCACGCCACCACCCGUUAAAGAAUACUUUCAGGACAAAAUGGAAGAGACAAAGGAGAAACUGACAGAAAAGAUGGAGGAGACGAAGGAGAAAUUUUCGGAGAAAAUGGAGGAAACUAAAGAACGUCUCUCUGAGAAAAUGGAGGAGACUAAGGACAAGCUUUCUGAGAAACUGCAGGAAACCAAAGACAGAGUCUCGGAGGGAAAAGCGUUUUUUAGAAAGAAAAACGAAUAGCACAUUUACAUAGCACAUUUACAGUCGGCACCGCUGAAUAAAUCCUUUUUUGAUCUUGAUAAGUAGUCAGUGAGUGUGGGGACUGUUGGGAAAGAAAAGAGAGACAUUGUACUAGCCUUGUCCUGAAGUUCACCUCACACAUUUCAAAUAUCACCUGUUGUCUAUUUAAGUGUCAAAUUCAGUCCCUAAUUGUCCAACUGUGCCACGGUGCACCGUAAGUAUAGACUAGACAUCAGCUUAGCUGACUCCUGGCAGUGCUACAUCCUGGCUGAGUCAUCUCAGACUGGAUUUACACAGGCUCAAGUGAUCUGGACCUUAACUCUUGGUUGGCUGUAAGUUGCCUGUUUUAAAGAGAAGCUUUGAAGUCUGGCCUUUCAAAGGGAUUUUGAAAAAUCAAUGUGCCUGUGUAAAACCAGCAUCCAUUAAAGAUGUAUGGGAGAAAGCAGUGCUAAUCUUUGUGGUUGUUAGGAAAAUAAAACUUGAAGCUCAUGGUUACCUGUGUGUACUAGUCCAUCAAAGCCUUUCUGAAGGCUGGGUGUCACCUUGUGUCUUUUCCAAUGUAAUGAGAAAGAAAUUAAGUUUUUCUAAUGAAUUUCUAUCCAAAUAGCCCAAGCUAAUAUAUUCCAUUAUUGUACCACUGUAUUGACUCAAAGUUGUGUAUAAAAUGACCAAGUCAGAUGAUUGUGUGAAAGCUGUUCUUGAAGCAGUUUGGGUACGUAUCAGUUUACAUUUGAUCAUACAUGUAAACAUGCAGUGGGUACAACUGUCUGAUCAGUAGUAACACACGGGCAGUGUGCCGCGUGAAAUGUUGGGUGCUUUGGUAAAUGGAUGUGUUUUUGUCAAACAGAUGUGUGGUUAAAACCACAAUGGAAUAAAGCGAAAUGCUAAUCAUUCAA